AUGGCGUCAUCUGUGUCGUUCCACCUCGAGCUGCGCAAUGGCCAUUUCGUGGACGCAGACGGUCGCGUGGUGCUCCUUCGAGGCGUGAACCUUGGCGGGUCCACGAAGGUGCCGUCGUCAGCUCCAGGUAGUACGUCCAUCUCGUGUGUGAACAGGCCGUUCCCGUUGACCGAAUCUGACGAACACCUCAGUCAGCUGCAGCGAUGGGGCUUCUACUGCAUUCGAUUCCUCGUGACGUGGGAAGCCAUUGCAACUGAGACACGAUAAAAUCGUCGAAACGAUAUGCGACUACAUGAAAUCGUGUCCCCCCGUUCAAACUGAAGAGCAAAGGGUUCGCCAGCGUUCUCGAAACCCCAAACCUUUGCCUUGCCAUAGAUGAUUACUAGCGAAGGCAGCGAAACUCCAUCGAGUGGGUGGAGUGAAUCCAACUCAAC